GGCGGGCUGGGAGGUGUCGGGGCGGGUGGCGCUGGCCGGAGGUCACUCGGCGCGGGGCGCAGCAUGGCCGCGGCUGUGGUGCGCGGGCGACAUGCGGGCUGGUGGCGCUGGCACAGGCGGGUCGCGGCGAUGGUGUGUUCCAGGGCAAUGGCUUCCAAAACCCCAGUUGGAUUCAUUGGGCUGGGUAACAUGGGAAAUCCAAUGGCAAAAAACCUGUUAAAACAUGGAUAUCCAGUUAUUGCAUAUGAUGUGUUCCCAGAAGCUUGCAAAGAAUUUCAAGACUUGGGUGCUCAGGUAACAGAUUCCCCAGCAGAUGUAGCAGAAAGAGCAGACAGAAUUAUUACCAUGCUGCCUUCAAGUCCCAAUGCAAAAGAAGUUUACACAGGAGCAAAUGGAAUUCUAAAGAAAGUGAAGAAAGGCUCAUUGCUAAUAGAUUCCAGUACUAUAGACCCUGCAGUUUCAAAAGAAUUAGCCAAAGCAGUUGAAAAAAUGGGAGCCGUUUUCAUGGAUGCCCCAGUUUCUGGAGGUGUUGGAGCUGCUCGGGCUGGAAACCUUACUUUCAUGGUUGGUGGAGUGGAACAAGAGUUUGAUGCUGCCAAAGAGUUGCUGACAUGUAUGGGUUCUAAUGUGGUCUACUGUGGAGCGGUUGGAACCGGACAGGCUGCAAAGAUCUGCAACAACAUGCUUUUGGCCAUCAGUAUGAUUGGAACUGCUGAAGCAAUGAAUCUUGGAAUCAGAUUAGGCCUUGACCCAAAGCUACUGGCCAAAAUCCUAAAUAUGAGCUCAGGUCGUUGCUGGUCAAGCGACACAUACAACCCUGUUCCUGGAGUGAUGGAAGGAGUACCAUCUGCUAAUAAUUAUCAAGGUGGCUUUGGAACGACACUCAUGGCUAAGGAUCUUGGCUUGGCCCAGAUUUCUGCCACCAACACAAUGACACCAGUUCCUUUGGGAUCCCAGGCACAUCAGAUCUACAGGAUGAUGUGUGCAAAAGGCUAUGCCCUGAAAGACUUCUCAGCUGUGUUCCAGUUUUUACGUGAAGAGGAAACCUUGUGAGCUGUCCUUUGGAAAUGGACAUGAUAACAAACCACAUUUUUUUUAUCCUUAUGGCUCAUUUGAGAAGUAUGUGGGUUUAAUCAGAUACUGUGCGUCCUGAUCCUAUACAGACUAAUCAUCUUUGGUUGUCUAGAUCACAACGAACUCCAGGGUUUUUUCAUGAUUCUUGAAAAAGCAAGCCAGAGGACGGGAAUGUUUGGCAAUUAGCCAGGCAGUGAUUUCUUUUUUUCUUUUUGUUUUGUAAGAAGCAUCAAAGUUUGUUCUUUUUUUCACUAGAUGCAAUAAAUAAAUACUUUUUUUAUUAAACACUUAAAUACUGCAUAAAAAAUAACUUACAUUAUGGCUACAAACUUAGGUGAAUCUUGAAUAGUAAAAGAAUGUUGUAUAAUGAUUUUAUGACAUAAAGUGAUCUAUUAAAAUUAAAAAUUAAUACUUUAUGGAAAAAGGGAAUAUUUGUUUAAUGAAGAAACACAGCUCAAGAUGGUUUGUCGGGUUUUUUUUUCCCUUGGACCUACUAAGCCUUGAAUUGAUCAGUAGUGAAUUUUUCCUGGGAUUCAGGUUGCAGAUUAAGUUUAUAGGCACACAUUUCUAAGUGGAGAGCUGUUACAGCAUGUUUACCUGUCAGACUUAGCUAAAAUAGAAUAUGUGUCCCUCGUGUAAAGCUCCGUUACUGUAUUUUGCUAACCCAAUUUUAUAUUUUCUUGUUUUCUGUCACACAUUUUCAGAACUCUAGAACAGCACUUAUCAGAAGUUCUAACAAAGUGUACUUUUGUUUUAGGUAAUUAUUGGAGUAUUUUAAAUCUAAACAAACCCCAUUAUUUUGAAAAGAAAUAAAAAUCUGUACUGGUAA